CAUAUCCGUAAAUAUAUGGGACCUGCACUACAAGGGUUACUAUUUUGGAACAAAAAAGGGAAUAAGCCUAGAUGCAUAGCGUAUCUGGUGUCAUCAACACUGCUUUUUAAUGUAUACUCUUCUUUUAAAUAUAUUGCUAGUUUCACUUAUGAUAUAGACGUAAGUAAGAUGUUACAAAAAGUAACAACAAGUGCUCCUGGAAAGAUCAUAUUAUGCGGAGAACAUGCUGUGGUGUAUGGAAAAGAAGCAAUUGCUUGCAGUUUAAAUCUACGUACCACUUGUUGCAUUGAACUUUUAUCUAAUUCUCAAUUUGAGAUCAAUGUUCCUGGGCUGGAUUUACAAAAAUGUUGGAAUAUUACAGAAAUUUACCAGUUGUAUGACACAGCAAAAAUAGAUCCAACACAUCCUGAAAUACACAAAGAAAAUGAAGCAUUUGUCAAAUUAUUGGAAAACGAAGAAAAAAACCUUCAAAAGUUAUCACUUCAUAUUAUAUUGAUGUUGUAUAUUUGCAUUGGUAGCUCUUUUAAAGACAAUAGGACUGGUUUACGAAUAACUUUGACGUCACAGCUCCCAAUUGGUGGUGGACUCGGUUCCUCAGCUUCAUUUGCCGUUGCUGUCUCCAGUGCACUUCUGGUCUUGUAUGGUGUUAUUAGCUCUAAACAAGAUGAAUGGAGUGACAGCCACUAUAAGUUAAUAAGUGAUUGGUCUUAUCAAGCAGAAACUAUUAUCCAUGGUACACCUUCUGGAAUUGAUAACUCUGUUGCUACUUACGGUCAUUGUGUUGGCUUUAAAGCAGGCCAUGUUGAUCUUUUGACAAAUUUAAGCUUUAUGAAGUUAGAUGUUCUAGUCGUCAACACAAAAAUUCCAAGAAGCACAAGAGAAUUAGUUGGUGCUGUUCGUGAGAAAAGAGAAAAGUUUCCAGAACUCUUUGAGAGUAUUUUUAAUUCUAUUGAUUGCAUUACAAGAUCAUUCAAAGAAAUUUUACUUGAAAUUAGCAGGGGGAGUAAUAAUGCACGCAUUUACAAGAACUUAAAGGACUUAAUUUCGAUCAACGGACAUUUGUUGGAAGGUAUUGGGGUAGGUCACGAAUGCAUAUCCAGCGUCGUCACGACCUGUUCAAAGUAUGGAUUGGGCAGUAAACUCACAGGUGCUGGUGGUGGAGGCUGCGUUUUUGCCCUGAUACCACCUGGCUAUUGUAAAGAAAAGAUUGAUAAAGUUGUAAAAGAAUUAGAAUCACAGAAUUUUGAAUGUUGGAGGACAGUGUUGGGUGGAGGAGGAGUUCAGUUGCACACAGUAACCUAAAUAUUUUUUGUUAAUUUUCAAGCAGAUAUAGUUUCUAGCGCGUA